AUGAAGUUGCACUACAUCGGAAUCUUUCGCAAUGACAGCAAGCCAGCACACGAGAUUGUCGCCGAGAAAGAGCUGAGCGCAUAUUCACGCUUCACCCGCUCCAACUAUGCCGAAUUUAUGACAUUUACUUCCAAGACCGUCGCCGAGCGGACCAAGGCGAAGUACACAUUCCACGCAUACGGACGUACGGAAGGGAUCUGCGGCAUCAUCAUUUCAGACCACGCCUACCCGGCCCUCGUGGCGCAUCAGCUACUUUCCAAAGUGGUUGACGAGUUCUUGGCCAAGCACCCGCGCUCCGCCUGGGCGACCGGCACCCCGAGCCUACCCUUUCCUGAGCUCAAGGAGUACAUCAACACGUAUCAGGACCCGCACGCUGCCGACAGUAUUCUCAAGAUCCAAAAGGAGCUCGACGAGACCAAGAUUGUGCUGCACAAGACCAUCGAGUCGGUGCUUCAGCGUGGAGAGAAGAUUGACGACCUUGUUGCCAAGAGUGACGGGUUGAGUGCUCAGAGCAAAAUGUUUUACACGCAAGCAAAGAAGCAGAACUCGUGCUGCAUUGUCAUGUGA